AUGUCUAGGGUUAGCUCACAGACACCUCUUACUAUCCAAGAGGAGGAUGACCACAUGUAUGGUCCUGUUAUAAAGACUUCUUCGCCUACUACAGCCACGAGAGCAGAAGUGAGGACUCCCAAGGUGCUCCAUCCUUUUCUACAUCUCCAAGAGACGUCAACAGAGGAGCAAACGCAGGAAGUAGGACCACCAGCUCGGAUUCACCUGAGUAGGGGUCAGGGCAGGAGUGCUGUCCCCAGUGUGACCCGUAUCCUCCAGCAGACACUAUCCACGGAGCAGAUCUUUUACCUGGAGAGAUGGAAGAGGAGGAUGGUGCAAGAGCUGGGAGAGGAGGGUUUCAAGGAGUACAGCCAGAAUCUUUUUAGACAGGGGAAGACAUUUCAUUCAGCUGUAGAAGAUGUUUUGACAUCUGACGUGAAAUGGACUGAUCGGGACCCCUGUGAGAUGUCCCAGUUCCCCCCUGAGGUCUGCGGGUACAUGGAGAGUGUCUCACAUGUGCUGGAAGACGUCCGAGAAGUCCACGCCAUAGAAAGCACAGUCCAACACAGUGCAUUGAAUUAUCUUGGCAUUGUGGACUGUGUUGCACGCUACAGGGGUGUUUUAUGUGUGAUCGAUUGGAAGACUUCAGAAAAACAAAAGCCUUUUCUUAGCAACACGUACGACAACCCCAUCCAAGUGGCAGCCUAUGCUGGAGCGCUGAACACUGACUGCAACUACAAAUACCAGGUUGAGAAUGGUCUUAUAGUUGUUGCCUACAAAGAUGGAUCUCCUGCCCACGUCCAUAAACUGGAUUCCAAUCUGAUGUCAGAUUAUUGGAAAACGUGGCUGCUCCGUCUCGAAGAUUAUUUUGAAAAGAGAUCUUCCCAAGCUUAG